AUGUCUUUAUCCAUGAGGAACUGGAUGCGGAAUAGCACCGCGUUUGCUCCCGCUCCAGUACAGGCCGUCGGCGAUAAUGAGCGGCGACAGGAACCUUCACAACCACAACCGCAACUCACUUCCGAUAUGCCCGCACGACAACAACCAGAGAUGGAGGAGCGGCGAGGUGCAGACGCCCCUGGUCGAUGGCGCUUCUCGCGUUCCACGAUACCUUCCUUCUUCGGAGGCAGGAGGGACUCUCAACAGGCGCCACCGCAGCAGCAGCAGCAGCAGGCCGAGAUGCCCCGUCCCACGAGCAGCCACUACUCGGAGGUCGAAUCCCCCAAGACUCCUCGUUUCGCCCUGGGCAUGCCACCGCUGCCCAGCACCCGUCUGCACCUCCCGAACCUCGUGCGGACAUGGAGCCAUGGUACCAAUGGGCCCCCGUCGCGCCCCGGGACCUCUCGCGCUGCGAUGCCACCGCUGAUACACGUGCAAGGAGUCGACAACAGACCGCCAUCGUUAGUGGAUGGGCCCAUGUUCCCCGAGAUCGCAUCACCGAGGGCUGCUCAUAUUCCGGACCGUCCAAGGAGAUCCGAGGAGACCUCGUCUGGUGAAUCUACCGAUCAGAGGGCAGAAUCGGGGCACGAGAGGCGACGCCAUCGCCAUCGCCACAGAAGGGAAAACGAAACGGAGGAAGAGCGCCGGCAGAGGAGACGGGAGAGGCAUCGAAGACGGCGGGCACGGGAACGGCGACAAACGCGCCCGACUCCCAAGCACUAUCUCGGCUGCAUCCCUUAUCCGCAGUCCAAGCAUGUUCGGACACAACUGCUCAAGUGUUUUGUAUCGGGCAUGUUUCUUUUGGGCCUUUUGAUAACCUACCUCAUCCUCUUCUUAACCAACAACAUGGCAACAUCCGAAUUCACCGUUCUCCUGGUUCUCAUAAUGCUAUUCGCGGCCGUCAUCUUCCUGCACGGCAUGGUUCGGCUGUGCCUAUAUAUGCUCAAAACCCCAGCGGGCCGUCGCGAGCACGAUGAGCGCCUGUCUGCCGAGGAAACCUCGGCCCUGCGCCGGAACCGGGCGGCAAUGCGACAGGCAUACGCGCCCGGCGGGUACGCGAUCCCGGAGCAGCCGAUCCGGGUCGUGCUGGCGCGCGACGAGGAGGCCGCCGGCAUCGAGAGCGAGACCACCAAGUACAAGCCGCCCGCGUACGGCCUCUGGCGCGAGAGCGUUCGCGUCGACCCGGACCGCAUCUACUGGCAACGCAACGAACACCCGGCGCUGCGCGGCGGCGGCCAAUCGGGAAGCGAGGAGGAAGAGGCGGGCGCAACCGGGGCCAGGAGGCCGCCGUCGUACGCGUCUGACGACGGCGUUAGCUAUGUCGUCGAGGCCAGGCCGCGGAGCAUGGCGCCUACCACGGACGUGCCGCUACCCCCACAUCCUUCCGAGGUUGGCAGGGCUGGUACGCCGCCGUUGCCGAACUUGCGGUGA